GGUCAACCGUGACAGUAAAAAUAGGGUGCUCUCUGGCUGGCGGUUCGCUGCAUUACUGCGGGAAAUUAAGCACCUGUCGGCCGCGGAGCAAGCUUAUCGGCCGUCGCCCUCACACAAGACGGAUAAAACGUCCCUAAAAUGGCCCUCAGCUAAUCAGCGGCCGUGCUGGCUGGGUUUUUUUGGACACACAACAACGGCUAGCUUGGAGAGGAGGGGGGGGGCUACCGCUAGCGAGGAGCUCAUAGCAACCGCUGCGAGCUAACGUCAGGCUGCUAACAUCUUGUCUGUUGGUCGAGAUGUUCGUCCAGGAGGAGAAGAUCUUUGCGGGCAAAGUGUUGAAAAUACACAUCUGCACCAUGGACGGCGCCGAGUGGCUGGAGGAGAUCCCGGAAGACACCACCGUGGAGAAACUGAAGGAGAAGUGCUUGAAACAUUGUGUCCAUGGAAACCUAGAAGACCCCAAGACACUGACCCACCAUAAACUCAUACAUGCUGCUACAGAGCGAGUGCUCAGCGACACAAAAACGGUUGCAGAUGAAAGUCUCAAAGACAAAGAUGUUCUGCUGCUCAUCAAGAAAAGGCCGCCGCCCACGCCUCCCAAGAUGGCAGAAGUGAGCGCGGAUGAAAAGAAGAAACAGGACAACAAGGCGCCGGACAAGGACGCCAUCAUGAAGGCCACCGCCAACCUCAGCACUCGCCACUCGGACCGCACUGUGACGCAGCACAAUAUCAGAGACUUUCAGACGGAGCUCAGGAAAAUCCUGGUGUCCCUCAUCGAAGUUGCCCAGAAGCUUCUGGCCCUCAACCCUGACGCUGUGGAGCUUUUCAAAAAGGCCAACGACAUGCUAGACGAGGAUGAUGAGGAUCGCGUGGACGACACGGCCCUCCAGCAGCUCACUGAGAUGGGUUUCCCCGAGAGCAGAGCCGUCAAAGCCCUCCGACUAAACCACAUGUCAGUGACACAGGCAAUGGAAUGGCUGAUCGAGCACGUGGACGACCCCUCAGUGGACAUGCCGCUACCCGGGCAGGACCUUUCUGCUGCAGCCGGAGCCUCCGCCUCUGCAGCCGCCGCCACAGCCUCAGCCACGCCAGGUCCAUCUUCCUCAAGCUCCUCCAGAAGCUCCUCCUCCACGCUCCGCCGCACCUUGUCCUCCACAGACGAGAGCAGCAGACAGGACGAGCUGACCGAGAUCUUCAAGAGGAUUCGCAGGAAAAGGGAGUUUAGGCCCGACUCCAGAGCGGUGUUUGCACUCAUGGAGAUGGGUUUUGAGGAAAAGCAGGUGAUUGACGCGCUCAAAGUCAACAACAACCAGCAGGACGCAGCGUGUGAGUGGCUGCUGGGAGACAAGAAGCCGUCCCCAGAGGACCUGGACAAAGGCAUUGACACCAACAGUCCACUGUUUCAGGCCAUCCUGGAGAACCCCGUGGUCCAGCUGGGUUUGACCAACCCCAAGACUCUGCUCGCAUUUGAGGACAUGCUAGAGAACCCCCUGAACAGCACCCAGUGGAUGAACGACCCCGAGACCGGACCCGUCAUGCUCCAGAUAUCCAGAAUCUUCCAGACUCUCAAUCGCACAUAGAGGCCAUUCUACCCCUUCUCCCCCCUUUUUGUGUGACUGUGGCAGCUGUGUGCGUGUGAGACACGAGUAUUGUUGAUGCCAGAGAUGUUCUACCAAUACAUGAAAUAUUUAUACAGAAAGACACGUAUACAGAGCAGAUUUAACAUUAUUGUUAUUAUGAUUACAGCAGCAAUGAUACAAAGUUCUAUUUACUAGUUUGUUUUUACAUUUUAACGACAAUUCAAGUCUUUUAUAUCGUUUUGCCACCUUCAAACACACACACAAAACACCUUUAAUGUUUACGCCACACGUUUGUUGCAAUAUGUCAUCAUGUCCUUUAAAUGUCUCCAUCACUGCUGGAUGCGCUGCUCUCUAUCACUGUACGGCAACAUUCAGCACAAAUAUCACGAGCUGGACACACUUCUGCUGAUGGAAUGGAUGUGAAUGAAUGAAUACUGUCCUUCGGUUUGACGUUUUCCUUUGACGCUAGUGAACGAUAUUUACAUUUGUACGUCGUCACCACGAACCAAAGUGUUACCACUGUGUUUUUUUUUCUUCUCAAAUACAUGUUUCUGUGCAAUAGCAAGCAAGGGUUGACCCUUUAAAGAUGAAAAGGGUGUGUAAAUGCUAUAUUAUCACAAUAUUAUUACUUUGAGGAGGGCUUGCGUGUGUGCGCGUGCGUGUGUGUUUCUGCCAAGCUUUGGAGGGUUUUAUGAUGAGCUCUAUUUAAAAUGCUAUGGUAUUGAUUUGACUUUCUGCUCAGGGAGGCUGAGAUUGUGUUUUUUUUUUUCCUGCUUCCUGAAACAAAUGGCUUUAAAGAGUCUAUCUAGGAGUGUUUUUGUUUUUAAUUACCAAUCAGAUUGCAGCAGGAUGUUGACGCUUUCUUAAAUGCAAUAUUGGACAACAGUGAAGGGCGUUUGUUAUUUAUAUGGAAGCCAAACUAAUUAUUAAAAAAUGUGUUAUUUAUACCAUUUUUAGCUACUCUAUGAAUGUGGAAAAAAAAGGUUUUUAUGGACUGGGUGUUCACUGGGCUGACCUUUAUCAUCAAGGCCGGCUUUGCUUUGUCGUCUGUUCAAAUACACACACUCGGGAAAACACAUAAUGAACGUGUUGCUCGGUUUUCCACGCAGACGAGCAACCUAUGCAAUAUGUUCUCACGGUCUGUCCACUACAUCACAUGACAUCCUGAUCACUAUUGCAUUAAAGUCAUUUUUGUGG